AUGAAAUAUUUAUUAUUUUUCUUUUCUUUUGUGUUGUUGGUUUGUCUGACGAAGGGAGACUUGCCUAUACAUGCCCUUAUGGGCGAUGUAAUUGGAGUGUGGGAAAUUAAGGAAACAAAAUCGAUGAGUGAGCGGGCGGUACACUGUGGUGGGGGUAUACCUAAUCGGAAUUUGGAAAACCUCAGUUCACAUUUAAAGGAUUACGAAAAAUUUUUAAAAAGAAAAUAUGGAAAUAUAAAUAAAAUAUUAGUUAAGCUAACAAUGGAAAAGAUCAAAGUUGCAAAUGAGACCAAUCCAAGAAAUAAGUGGACGUACCUUGCAGUAAGAAGUGUUAACAAUAAUGCAAUUAUCGGCUACUGGACGAUGGUCUACGAUGAAGGAUUUGAAAUAAGACUAAAGGGAAGAAGAUACUUCGGAUUAUUUAAAUAUGAAAAGAGACCUAGUGAAAGUUGUCCGGAAGCAAUAGAAAAUAAAAAUGAAAAAGAUUCGAGAUGUUACAAAACUGAUCCAACGAAAACACACAUUGGGUGGGUUCUUGAUGAACAAAUUGAAGAAACGACAAGAGAAAAAAAAUUCCAAUGGGGUUGUUUUUAUGGACAAAAGGAUCAAAAGACGGAUGUUUCAGCUUUCGUCAUACAUAACGAGAAGAAAAUACCUGAGCAUGAUAACAACAACCUUGGGGGGGAGAUCAAGUCCGAGGAGGAAAAAGGACUGAGUUUCUCAGUCCUCACACAGAGGGCUAAUUACCAGAAGAUAAGAUUAGCCUUAGAAAAAUUGUAUGGAAAGACAAAAACGAGUUUGGCCAACAUUUACGGAGAUAUAGGAGACAAGAUAUAUGGAUGCCACAAGCAAGAUAUUGUAAACCUGAAAAUCCGAUUGACCCUACCCAAAAAUUUUACAUGGGGUGAUCCCUAUACUGAUGAGAAUUUUAAUGAAGAAGUGGAUGAACAGAGAGACUGUGGGAGUUGCUAUUCCAUAUCAAGUGUAUACAUAUUAGAGAAACGAUUUGAAAUAAUGUCUUGGAAAAAAUAUAAAAAAAAAAUAAAUAUUCCAAAGUUGUCAUACCAAUCUGUUAUUAGUUGCUCUCCAUAUAAUCAGGGAUGUGAUGGUGGGUUUCCUUUUCUUGUUGGAAAGCAUAUGUAUGAAUUCGGAAUACUGUCAGAAAGUUUAAUGAAAUAUGAAAAUAAUGAUACUGUUAAAUGUAAGAUGAAUAUAGGAACAUAUAAUUCAUCUUAUUUUUAUGGUUAUUAUAAAAAUAAAACUGAUGAUAUAUUCUAUGCUUCUAACUAUAAUUACAUAAAUGGAUGUUAUGAAUGCUCAAAUGAAUAUGAUAUGAUGAAUGAAAUUUUAAUGAAUGGCCCUAUAGUAGCAGCUAUUAAUGCAACUCCACAACUGUUAAAUUUGUAUAAUCUAAAUGACAAAAAUAUAGUUUACGAUACUGUAACUAAUGAAAACCAAGUAUGUGAUGUACCAAAUGAAGGAUUUAAUGGAUGGCAACAAACAAACCAUGCAAUUGCAAUUGUUGGAUGGGGAGAACAAACAGAUGAAAAUAAUAAACUUGUUAAAUAUUGGAUUAUAAGAAAUACUUGGGGUAAUAAAUGGGGGUAUAAAGGUUAUCUCAAAUUUCAGAGAGGCAUCAACUUGGCGGGCAUUGAAUCCCAAGCUGUCUUCAUCGAUCCAGACUUCUCGAGGGGACGACCCAAGGAGCUCCUAGCAAAGCAGCAAGCGUAA